AUGAACUACCUUCGCCGCCGACUCUCGGACAGCAAUUUCAUGUCCAACCUGCCCAACGGCUACAUGGGCGACCAACAGCGCGCCGAGCCCCCGCCUCAGCAGCAGCAAACAAGCCCCGCAGUGUCCCCGGGGCCGUCGGAGAGGCGUCAGCCCGUCAGCCAGCAACAGUCUGCGGGCGGAGGCUCCGGCUUCUUCUCGUCCAUAUCCAAUGCUGUCAAGCAAACCACGGCCGCCGCAGCAGCCACCUUAUCCGAGGCGGCCGACCGGGCGGGGGUCUCUAGCAGUGCUAAGAUCCUCUUGGUGAUUGACGACCAGCAGACUGACUGGGUUAGAGUUUUCAGAGGAAAAAAGGUCCAUGGUGGUGAAUUUGACAUCAAAGUUGAACAGGCGGAAUUUUCCGAAACCAACAUGGUGGCUGAUUCGUCAGGCAACUACACAGUCAGCAUUGAUGCAAUUAGGAAUGGCCAUAAGCUUACUAAAUCCUUUAAACCAGACUUUGUACUGAUCAGACAACAUGCCUUCAGCAUGGACAAGAAUGGAGACCACCGAAAUGUAGUAAUUGGUCUUCAGUAUGCAGGACUACCAAGCGUCAACUCUUUACACUCUGUCUACAAUUUUUGUGACAAACCAUGGGUGUUUGCACAGAUGUCGAGGCUACACAAACAGCUUGGUCAAGAGGAGUUUCCACUGAUUGAGCAGGUUUAUUAUCCAAACCACAGGGAAAUGAUAACAUCUUCUCGAUUUCCUGUGGUGAUAAAGAUGGGCCACGCUCACUCAGGAAUGGGAAAGGUGAAAGUGGACAAUCAAUAUGACUUUCAAGAUAUUGCCAGUGUUGUUGCCCUGACCAAGACUUAUGCCACAUCUGAGCCAUUUAUUGAUGCUAAGUAUGAUGUCCGCAUUCAAAAGAUUGGUGAAAAUUACAAGGCCUACAUGAGAACAUCAAUUUCUGGCAAUUGGAAAACCAACACUGGCUCAUCGAUGCUUGAGCAAGUGGCUAUGUCAGACAAGUAUAGAAUGUGGGUGGACACUUGUGCUAACAUCUUUGGAGGUUUGGAUAUCUGCGCUGUGGAGGCUCUUCAUGGUAAAGAUGGAAUGGACUACAUUAUAGAGGUAGAUGACUGCUCAAUGCCACUGAUCGGUGACCAGCAAGAUGAGGAUCGUGUUCAGAUAGCAGAAUUGGUAGUUUCGAAAAUGAACCAAAUGAUUCUACCUGCUUCAAGCUCCUCCACUGGCCGUAUUUCAACUACACAGAAAGCAGUAUCUCCUCAGCCUGUAUCCCAAUCUAGAGUUCCACAGUCUCAACAGCGACCGUCACCUCAGGGUGCUCCUCAGCAAGGUGCUGCUGCACAGGCCCAGCAACCCGCAGCGAACCUGGGUUCAGGUGAUCCUCCAGGUCAGGGAGCUCCUCAGCGAAGUCAAGGAGGCUCCCCUCAAACUCAGAGGCAACAGUCUGCUACCCAGCCGCAACAAAGACCUCCGCCAGGAGGUGCUGGUCAGAAACCUCAGCAACAGAGGCCCUCGCAGCCGCCUAGACAGCAAUCGCAAGGGGGGCAGCAGAGAACCGCUGGCCAGCAGGGCCGCACCGGUGGGACCACCACCCAGCAGCCACGACCUGCUGGCCAAGGCCCGGGGGGACGCCCCCCGGUGCAACAAAAACCCCAGCCCCCACAAAAACCGAGCCAAGAGAACACAGCGGCGAGCAGUUCCCCACAACUGAACAAAUCCCAGUCUCUUACCAAUACCUUCAACAUUCCAGAAACACCAACGCCACGAGCCAGCCUUAGCCAGGAUGAGGUGAAGGCUGAAACCAUACGCAGUCUCCGCAAAUCUUUUGCCAGUCUCUUCUCAGACUGA